UGCCGAAUAAAGAAUCAGACCAAAUCGAAAAUCAACGAUAGCAAAACAAACAAUGAGCACGACUGCAUAGUUCCUCACUCAACCAUCUCCAAUUGCUGUUCUCAAUGGAUGCUACAAGAGCCCAAGAAGCCUUGUCCUCUACUUCUCGGUGUACUUAUCAUGUGUUCUUGAGUUUCAGAGGUGAAGACACCCGCAAGACCUUUACUGACCACCUUUACACAGCUUUGUUGCAAGCAGGAUUUCAUACAUUCAGAGAUGACGAUGAAAUCGAGAGAGGACAUAAUAUUGAGUCAGAAUUGCAAAAGGCACUGCAGCAGUCGAAGAUCUCAAUAAUUGUCUUCUCGAAAGGUUAUGCCUUUUCAAGAUGGUGCCUUGAUGAACUUGUGCAGAUCCUCGAACACAAGAGGAAUUGUCCACAUGUUGUGGUUCUCCCAAUUUUCUAUGAUGUUUUUCCUUCCCAAGUCAGGAAGCAAGCAGAUAGCUUCGCAGAAGCGUUUGCUUCACAUGAAGAGCAAUUUAAGGAGGAAAACACCAAAGGGGAAAAGCAAUGGACGGACAAGGUGGAAGGGUGGAAGGCAGCACUCAGAGAAGCUGCAGACUUGGCAGGGAUGGUCUUACAAAAUCAAGCUGAUGGGCACGAGUCAAAAUUCAUCCAACAAAUUGUUCAAGAGAUUGGGAAUAAACUAAAUCAGACUCUCUUGAGUGUUGCUCCCUACAUAAUAGGGUUAGAAUCACGUGUAAGAGAAAUUAAUUCAUGGCUACAUGAUGGGUCAAGUGAUGUACGAAAAGUCGUGAUAUAUGGAAUCGGUGGCAUAGGGAAGACAACCCUAGCCAAAACUGUUUAUAACCUCAAUUUUGAGAACUUUGAAGCCAAAAGCUUUCUUGCCAAUGUUAGAGAAAUUUCUGCACAACCAAAUGGUUUCCUUCGUUUACAAAAGCAACUUAUUUCAGAUAUUCUGAAAGGGAGAAAGGAAAAAAUAUACAACAUUGAUGAAGGAAUUUUUACAAUUGAAGAAGCUACAUGCUGUAAAAGAGUCCUUCUUGUUCUUGAUGAUGUCGAUCAUGAGGAUCAACUACGCAAUAUACUUGGAUGGCGGCAAUGGUUUCGUCGUGGAAGUAAGAUUAUCAUAACUUCUAGACAUGAGCAACUACUGAAGUCUACGAACAGGUGUAAAAUGUUUGAGGUUAAGAAAUUGGAUGGUGAUGAGUCACUUCAGCUGUUCAGUUGGCAUGCGUUUGGACAAAGCCAUCCUAUAAAAGAAUACAAGGAGCUCUUGAAGCGAGUCCUGCACCAUUGUGGAGGCCUUCCGUUAGCUCUUCAAAUUGUGGGUUCAUCUCUGUUCGGAAAAAGUGUAGAAACAUGGAAAAGUGCUUUAGAGAAAUUGGAAGCAAUUCCUGAUAGUCAAAUCCAAAAAGUACUCAAAAUAAGCUUUGACUCCCUGUCAGAUGAUCAUGACAAAAAUCUAUUCCUUGAUAUUGCAUGUUUCUUUAUUGGGAAGGGCAGAGACGAUACAGUGAAAAUUUUGGACGAAUGUGGUUUUUACACAACAAUUGGAAUCCAAAAUCUUAUUGGUAGAUGCCUUGUAACUAUCAGUAAUGAUGACAAGCUGAUGAUGCAUCAAUUGCUUCGAGACAUGGGAAGGGAAAUCAUUCGCCAAGAAUCGCCUAAAGAGCCUGGAAAGCGCAGUAGACUAUGGUGUCAUAAGGAUUCAUUUGAUGUAUUAAGAGAAGUAGCUGGAACCGAAACAGUUGAAGGCCUAAUCCUAGACUUGCAUGAGUUGCGUGGUGAUAAGCUUGCUGAUGCAAUGUCUGGUGUGCAUAAUGCAGACCAUCACAACACUGAACAAUUUCUUGACACAUAUAUAACUCCUUCGCAUCACAAGUCAUCAAUCAGACGCUCUCUUUGGAACUGUUGGAACUCCAUAAGAGCUGCCUUUUCAAGAUAUGAUGCUGUUUCAAAUGAGCUACACCUGAAUACUGAUGCUUUCGCAAGGAUGCAUAAGCUAAGAUUACUCCAGCUCAAUUAUGUACAACUCAUUGGAGGAUAUGAAAAACUUCCAAACGCAUUAAGAUCGUUGUCUUGGCAUGGUUUCCCCUCAAAAACCAUACCAAGCAAUUUUCAUCUGGAGAAGCUAGUUGCUCUUGACAUGCGCAAUAGCAGCUUGGAACAAAUUUGGAAGGGAACAAGAGUACGAUGCUAACAUUUUUAAUUAUUAUUUUUAGAUUUCUAGGAACUAAAACACUAUCUUUUCAAUUUUUACUGCAGCUGCUCAAGUGUUUGAAAAUCCUUGAUCUCAGUCAUUCCCAUUUGCUCAACAAAACACCCAACUUCUCUGGACUCCCUAAUCUUGAGAGAAUGAUGCUUAAAGAUUGCAUAAGUUUGAUUGAAGUUCAUGAAUCCAUUGGACACCUAAAGAGACUUGUUUUCUUGAAUCUAAAAGGCUGCAAGAAUCUUAGGAAGCUACCAAGAGAAAUGAAUAUGCUCAAAUCUCUUGAAAAACUUGUACUCUCUGGUUGCUCAAAACUUGAGGAAAUGCCGGAGUUGGUGAAAAUGGAAUCCUUGACAGUGUUUCAUGCAGAUGGAACAGCUAUAUAUCCAGUGUUCUCUAAUGAUAGAGAGGGUGCUUCAUGGGAUAACCUCUACUGGAAUCCGACAUCACGAAGAAAAACUCGCAUUGAUUUUGCGUUGGUUUCAUUGCCUAGCACGCUUGUAAGCUUAAGCCUUGCAAACUGCAACCUAUCAAAUGAAGCUAUUCCCACUAAUCUUAGUGUUCUAUUCUCAUUGCAAGACUUAAAUCUAAGUGGAAAUCCUAUUAGUGGCCUACCAGAGAGCAUCAAAGGUCUUACUAAGCUCCAGUCCUUGCAGUUGGACUGUUGCACAAAUCUGCAAUCACUUCCCCAGCUCCCUAUAAGCUUGAAGGAUUUGCUUGCAAAAGACUGUACUUCUCUGGAAAGAAUAGAAAAUCUUCCGAAUCUGUUACAAUCACUGCACCUGGAGAUUUUUGGCUGUGAGAAACUAGUUGAGGUCAAAGGUUUAUUCAAGUUAGAACCCAUAAAAGAUGUUGACACUGAAAUGAUUAAUGACGUGGGCUUGCUCAAUUUGGAUUCCACCAGAAGCAUUGCUGUCAAAUUGGCCAGUAAUAUGACAUACACAGAAAGGAAUAUUCCUCUUCAGGGGUUGUAUGAAUGUGGUGUAUUCAGCAUCUUUCUUCCUGGAAGCAUGGUUCCAGAUUGGUUCAGCUAUAAAAGUGUGAAGUCUUCAAUUUCUUUUGACGUACCUCAACAUCUUAGUCACAAGAUCCGAGGCCUGAAUAUAUGCAUUAUGUAUGAGAUAAGCGCUUUCUGUUGUCAUGGGUUUGGUGAUGUACACUUUGUCCAUAUCACUAACAAAACCCAGGGUCUGAAAUGGACCUACUGCCCAACAUUCUAUGGCAUCCCUGGAGUGGAUGAACAUAUGCUAUGGUUAAGUCAUAUGAAGUGUGGAAAUCAGUUUCAAGGUGGUGAUGAAGUUUCAGUUUCAGUGGUUAUGGCAAGCGAUUUUUGGGUGAAGCAAUGUGGAAUCCAACUGGUGUACGAAAAAGAAGAGCAGGAGCUUCAGUCAGAUUAUCAAGGUAAAAUUCUGGGAAACUACCCUUCCCAUCAAAACAGCAUUGAUGAAGGUAUGUCAAAGCCUGAGAACAGGGUAGGGGCGCAUCUUCUAUGCCAUCACAGGUUCAUAAGUCAUCGUAAAAAUUUAAGGGGUGGUAGUACUUUGAGUGGUUUUGACAUCUGUUUUAUGGCUUCUGCAAAUUGUUGGCCUGUGAUCGGUGUUUCUAGACCCCGCUUAGAUUCUGUAUGGUCUCCAAAGCUUGCCAAUGAAGAAAAUGAAAUAACAGGACAAGCGCUAAUCAGGAAUUCUAAACCAUCCUUGACAUUCAUUGCAGACCAUGACGAUGAUCCUUUGAGUCAUGCAUCCAGCGAAGCCUCAGACGGUCCCUUGGACUAGUUGUUGUCAAUUCCAUUAUAUGUAUUGUAAAGCUGCACAAGUGAAUGCUCUAUAAUUAAAGAUGAAUGAAUAUGGUCACUCAGCCUGCCUCUGUUACUCUGUGAGCCAGAGUUUUCCGGAGAGCAAUAUAAUUAGACCUAAUUUGUUGAUUUGGG